AUGACCUCCUCGACCACCUUCACGCCGCAAACCUUUGCCAAACUCUCCCCUCACCCAUACCUCCUCGCAAACCUCCAACCACCCAGCCAUGCCACCGCAGCCAAACCAACGCGGACAAACGGCCGCGCGCCGCACCAAGCCCGACCACUCAACGUAAAUGCCUCGUCACUUUCCCACGCCCACGGCAGCGCCAUGGUGAGGAUCGGUGACACAAGCGUCAUCUGCGGAGUGCGCGGGGAGCUCCUGCCGUCCACAAGCGUCCCGCAGUGGCGAAAACCGAAGAGCAAGGCGGAGCUGGAGUCGGUGGAGGACAAGGACGCCGAGCUGAGGGAGGAGGGCGCCCGGGAGCUGCGGGACUACGACCUGUUGGUGCCCAACAUCGAGCUGGCCACGGGCUGCGCGCCUCAAUUCCUGCCCGGCGUGCCGCCCACGACGCUGGCGCAGACCUUGAGCACAAGGGUGUACUCGCUGCUGCACAGCGCGGGCCUGCUGGACGCCGAGGACCUGAGGGUGUGGUACACGCCGCCGAGCUUCGACGCCGACGAGGACGACAAGAUGGCAGGUGGCGAGGACGAGGCGGCAGAGCAGCAGGAGCCCGAGAUCAAGGCCUACUGGACGCUGUACAUUGACGUACUGUUCGUCUCGUUCGACGGCAACCCUUUCGACGCGGCCUGGAUCGCCAUCCUCGCGGCCCUAAGGGACACAAAGCUGCCGCGGGCGUGGUGGGACCCGGACAGGGAGAUGGUGCUGUGUUCGCGGACCGAGAGCAGGGCCCUCAGCGUUCGCGGGCUGCCAAUCGCGUGCACGGCUGCUGUGCUCAACGAGCGGGAGGCGGAAGUCGUCAGUCAGAGCAAGUCUUUUGUACUGGUCGACCCGGAUAGGCUGGAGGAAAGCCUGUGUGACGAAAGCGUCACUGUUGUGGUAGAUCGCACAACCGGUGAGCCGAGAAUACGAGGGAUAUCGAAGAGCGGCGGAAGGGUGCUUGGGCCGAAAGAAAUACGAGAGAUUGCUGCGAUGGCGGAGAGCAGGUGGGAGGACAUCCAGCAGGCGUUAGCCUGA